AUGCCAAAAUUGUAUCUUCCUAUUGAAGAUUAUUCCACCUUUAACAAUCAAGAGUAUGGAAUGGAACAUAUUUUUACCAAUUUCCUAUUAGUUGAAAAUAAUCAAAAAAGUGUUUUAACUUAUGGCGCAGAUUCGAAUUAUAUCAAUUAUAGAACUGAGGAAGUUCUUUCCGUUGAAAAUCCAAUUGGAUCAAAUUGGACUAAUUGGACUUAUAAAACUGGAUCAUUGGACGUGACUGGACUUAUAACACUGGACGGAAUAUAG